AUGGGGUCAAGCAUGGAUCCCUCAGCCACAGAGGCCAACGACCGGGCCGAGCAGGGUCAGCCUGACAAAGAAGGACCGCUGCGCUCGGAAGAUUGCCAACUAGGCCAGAAUGAUGUCUUACAUCCAGCUGUCACCGCUAUAAGCUUCAAGGCCCGGUUCAAGUUGAUGGCCUGCUCUGGGCCUGCCCGGACACAUGCUGCUCAUCUGCUUGGGAUGUUACUCGUCCAAUCUGUGCGAGAGGUCAUAGUCCGUGCCAGGACGCAUGGCGCGCGGGCUAUCAUGAAUAUCGAAUUCCAAUGA